GAGUCGAGUCCGCGAGUCGCGAGAGAGAGGUUUAGAGGGAGGGAAAGAGACGAAGCGACAACUCGAGAGAGAACAUAUGUGCGCAAAGAAAUCCGUGUACAGGGCAGAGGAACGCAGAGAGCAGCCGUCUCAUCGCAGAGCAGCCGUCGCCGUCCGGAUUAGUUUAUAUACUUAGUGCUGUACGCGGAGUAUGUGAAGCCCAACGGAAAAGAGAAGCAGCGAGCGAGACGCAGACGGAUCGAGUAAGCGAGCGAGAGCGACAGAGUAUAUUCGAUUCGCGUGUGUGUCAUCGCUCGACGCUACUGCGUGUGCGACACGACGAUCGCUUUUCGCGUGUGCAGGUGUUGGGAAUCUGUGCAAUACUCAGAAAUACAGCCUGCGCUGAUACGUUGCUGUGCUGUGCCUGCGUGUUUUCCUAGAUAUACGUAUAUAACCGGCAGAAGCCAGUGGGACCAAUCUGGCUUCCGUAGUCGCAGGAAGCUAGCAGCAGCAGGGAGAACAAGACAGUACAGCAUUCAUUAACCUCCCGCCCGCGGCCCACGAGCUGUCUCGUAGCCGCGGAAAAUGGCCGAAGCUCACGACUCCAAGACGACCAGCAGCACCAAGAGCCUCUACGAGCUCAGCGUGUCGGCGGUCGCCGAGCACUUUAUCGCCUACAAAAAGUAUCUCAACUUUCUGCCAGAGAACGUGCUUUUUGACCUCUAUUACCAGCUCUACAAAGAUAAAAAACUAUUCCUUCUUGGAAUUGAAUUCAGCGAUCUCAAUAUACUUUUGCGAAUGCUCAAAGUAACAAACAGACGUAUCCAUUUACUCAAAAGCUUUCAGGCUUUGAUGGAAAAUGGUACAAAAGUGGGAACUGAACUAGCCAUUAGCUACAAACUUUGCUGUCAGAGCAAUAAAAAUAAUUUAGAUGCACAAGAAAGAAUUAUUAAUUUAGGUCUACGCCUUGGAGGAUUUCUCAGUGAUGCAGGAUGGUAUUUAGAAAGUGAAAAAGUGUUGUCGGCUUGCAAAGACCUCUGUAUAUUAGGCCCACAAAAUCCUGACACUUGGUGCCGCACAUUAGACUGUUGUCACAAAUUACUUCAUGCACAAGCAGCUUACUGUGCUUUUACAGGAGCAGCUGAAACAUACCAACUCGCACUACAAACUAUUGAAAAACUCAAAAAUGCUGGAUACACGAAUACUAACCACGCUGCUCUUUAUGCCGAAUUCGGUGUACUUUUCUUCAUUCGAAGCGAAUAUGACCAAGCAUACAAGUGGAGUGUGGAAGCAUUAAAACAGUUAACGCCAUCUAUUCCGGGUCAUAUUGUUAUCAACGUUCUUCGUCAAGCUGCCAAAUCUUGCGUGGUCAAGAGAGAAUUUCAAAAAGCAGGUUUACUGAUCAAACAAGCAGUAUACCUUGCUAGAGAAAUAUUCGAUACUGACCAUCCUAAAUACAGCGAUGUUCUCAUUGACUACGGUUUUUACCUAUUGAAUUCUGAUAGUAUUGUUAAUAGUGUAUCAAUUUAUAACUUUGCCUUGGACAUAAGAAAAUCGAUAUUUAGUCUAUAUAAUCUUCACGUUGCAAAAGCUCACGAGGAUUUAGCAUAUGCGCUUUAUGUACAGGAAUAUAGCUCAGGAAAGUUUAAUUCAGCAAUUAUUCAUGCUAAUAAAGCCAUUGCAAUUAUGGAGAAGUUACUACCUGCUGAACAUUUAAUGUUAGCCAGUGCCAAAAGGGUUAAAGCCCUUAUUUUAGAAGAAAUUGCUUUAGAUACUGCACCUACACCUGGACCAGAACCAAAUUUGUUACACAAAUCAGAAUCUCUCCAUUUGUCCGCGCUACAAUUAGCCAAGACUGCAUUCGGAGAAAGGAAUGUACAAACUGCCAAACACUAUGGAAACCUAGGAAGAUUAUAUCAAAGCAUGCGGAGAUUUCCGGAAGCUGAAGAGAUGCAUCUAAAAGCUAUCAAUAUAAAGGAAGAGUUAUUAGGUUCUGACGAUUACGAAGUUGGUUUAAGCAUAGGUCAUUUGGCGUCACUCUAUAAUUUUCACAUGAAUCGAUAUCGGGACGCGGAGGAAUUAUAUUAUCGAAGUAUUGCUAUAAGCCUUAAGUUGUUUGGCAAAGGCUAUAGUGGUUUAGAAUACGAUUAUAGAGGUUUACUACACGUUUAUACAAAACUCGAAGAAACCGACAAAUAUUUGGAAUACAUGGAUGCGCUUAAUCACUGGAAAGAACUGAGAGAUAGACACGCCGAAUUAGAUGAGCCUCCGAUUGAUCAAAAAUGUCCACAGCCUAUAGAAGAUAUAAUAAAUGCGUUUUUUUCCAUGUGAUAAUGUGAAAAAGAGAUUAUUAAAAAAAAUUAUUGGUUGGAGAGUUUAUACUGGGACACAUUAGCGAGUCUCGCUAUGACAAAAAUUGUAAAACUUUCGAGCUAAAGUAGAACAAGCGAGUUGUGAUUGAGUGACUGACCUUGUAUUCUCUUAUGACACUCAAAAGUUUAGUCCCUUGUCGCGAGACAUCUCGAUAUCUCGAGUAUUAAAUUUUAUCUACUAUACACUUUAUAUUGCGCAUGCAUCUUUAUUAUCGAGUUUGAUACUCAAUGACGUAGAACCAUUUCUAUUAUUCUCUUUGCUUUGGGUUAUUCCAUAAUUCAAGUUCGUGUAAAAAGAAAAAUGUACGUCCGAAUUCGAGACAGCAACGUCUUAAAAGAAUAAAAAGAUUGCGAACACGAGAUCUUUGAAUGAUAGUUAUAAGAGAAAAUAUGAGUCAAGAAUUAUAUCAAUAAAAGUAAAGUGCAUUAUCCACAACUCGUUCAUAAACGAAAAUAUAGCAGGUUUGUCAAUCUUACAUGCGAGAAAAGCCUGUUUUUUAUGAUAUGCGAAAAUUCACACCUUUUUCGGUAAUCAAUUAUUACAUAAAAUAUUUUUUAUAUAUUUAUAAUAUGUUAAAUUAUAAAGGGAUUAUUAUCUUCCUGAAAAAAUAUCAAUCUCGACGGUGUAUAGGAAAACGUCGAAAAAUUUCAGCCUAAUGAUAAUUUUUAGUUUUCUUUUUUCUGAAAUAAUAUGUACAAAAUUUUCAAUAAGAGCUGGGUAUCCUUUACUGAAUAUUUUCAAGGCUGAAAUUUCCUUUAGAUCAAGGAUCAAAAAUAUUCUCUUUAUAUGUUGUGCAUAACAGAAAUUUGUAUAAAAAAUAUUUAUUUUAAAUCUUUAAGUUGCACAAAACAAUAUUUUUUAAAAUUAGAGCUUUUUUGCUUAAAGUUAAGAUUUAUUAUUAUUUGAUGUACAUAUAUCGAUUACUUUUUAAAGAUACGUUUGUAAUUUAAUACAAAUUGCGAUAAAUUGCAAGGCAUUAACGUUUGUCACAUUUGUAAGUGGUUUUUGUUGUUUUGUCAAUAAAACCAAACUUUCAUAUCUAAAUAAAUAAUAUAGUCGAGUCAUAGAAAUAUGCAAAAAAUGGUUUAUAUUUUUCUUUGUGUUCAAAUAAAUUACUAAAUGGAUUUAAUUGUAACAACUAGACUGUGAUGUGGAAUUUGAAAUUUUGUAUAGCUCAUUAAAUAAAUUCCAUAGAUUUUUAUUCUGUGGAGUUUGUAAAGUCUU